AUGACCACGCUGGAGGAGCAGCACCAUGAGACGGUGGAGCAGACACAGGGUACAGAGGGCGCUGUGGAGGUGAGGCGAUUUGGGCUGCUUCGCACCGUGCUGCGGGGGUUCUUCUGGCCGUUUGGCAUCGUGGUCGGCGCAUACCGUGGUUUUUGGUGGGUUUUGGGGUUCAGGCAGACUGCCAGAGUUUCACCUGCAGUCUCAAGUUCUGCACGUCAGUGCCUCACUGGUCACAAGCGCCUGCAUCCAAUCACUCGCCUGCUGCUCAAGAUCCUGCCUCGUUGGGCGCAAGGUUUCCUUGGCUUUCCUGUGUCCACUGCCAUCGGCUGCUCCCUCUCCCCCGAAAUAAGUGUCUCUCCCACCAAACCUUGCGGGAAGGGCAGCAAGAGGAAGCAGGAUGACUUGGAGGAUGAUGAUGAGGAAGAUGAGGAGCACCAGACCUGGGUUGAGGCACUCACUCAGGAGCUCGAUGACGAAAGUCCCGAGAAAGAUCCAGACUAUGAGCCCAGUUCUGUCGAGACUGAGAGUGAAGAGUAUCGCUCUCACAACAGCACCGAGAGCGACGAGUUCUACAAUAACGGUGUUAUUGAAGACGUGGAGACGGGUGAUCAGCUGCCUUCGCCUUAA